UCCGCCGCUGUUGGUCCAACCAAUUUGUCCAACAUGCCGCUUUCAAGCUAGUCGCGCCGCAGUAACUUCCUGCGCGUGAAGUGAAAUCAACAUGAGCUCUCGCGUCUCGUGGACACUGGACACACAAACGCCGAGGACGCGCAGUCUGACACCGUGAGACAUGUGGACUUACACGAGCCUUCUUCACCUGAGACCUGGACCAUAAGCUUUCACGAGGACAACAUUCACUUCUAGAGAGAGAGAGAGGGAGUGAGGGUGAGGGAGAGGGAGAAAUAACCCUUUUUUUUUUUUUGUUUGGUUUGUGUUUAUUUGGGACCAAAUCUGGUGAAAAUGGAUCCACUGUGGACGCACUGCGUUUUCCUCCUGGCUUGUUGCUGUGGAUUAGGGUUCGGAAACAGAUGCGACGAAGUGCGUAAAGUUUUCCAACUCAGGCAAAUCGGACCAAACCAAUUAUUACCUUUAAGCCCCAGACCAGGUUCAGACCUUCAAGUCUGCAUGUCCAGGAACCUGACCUGCUGCACCAAAAAGAUGGAGGAGAAGUACCAGUUGGCAGCGCGGCGAGACAUCCAGAAUCUGCUCCAGAUGUCCAGCACCAGCCUCAAGUACCUUAUCUCGCGCAACGUGGCCGCGUUUCAAGAGACCUUUGAGGUCCUGAUGUGGCAGGCGGAGAAUCACACCAACGCCGUCCUCCAGGGUUUGCACCGCAGCGUGGCCGAUCGCACCGCGGGCCCCGUGCGGGAGCUCUUCACCGACAUCAGCCUCUUCCUGCUGGGCUCUGAGCUCAGCGUGGACGAGCUGGUGCAGCGGUUCUUCGACGCCCUCUUCCCGCUCGUCUAUCAUCACCUCGCCAACCCCGCGCUCGGCGAACCGUCGCCGGGUUACGCCGAGUGCGUGAGAUCGUCGAGGCGCGACGUGAGGCCGUUCGGGGCGGCGCCGGGCGUGCUGGCCGAUCAGAUCGCCCGCUCCGGCGUCUCCGGGAAGCUCCUCCUUCAGGCGCUGCACCUCGGCAUCGAGGUCAUCAACACGACGGACCACCUGCAGCUGAGCCGCGAGUGCAGACGCGCCCUGCUCAAGAUGCACUACUGCCCCCACUGCCAGGGUUUAACCGAGUCCAAGCCGUGCAUGGGCUACUGCCUGAACGUGAUGCGCGGCUGCUUGGCCAGCCUGGCCGAGAUCGACGUCCACUGGAGGGAGUUUGUGGGCUCUCUGGAGGGUCUGUCCGCACGCAUGCAGGGGCCGCAGGAUCUGGAGCAAGUGCUUCUGGGAGUCCACACGCUUAUCCGCGACGCUGUUGGACACGCGCAGAAAAAUGGAGCCCGCCUCUUGGCACAGGUGCACAGACUGUGUGGCCCGCCAAGCAGGAAGUCAACACAGUCACUGAGCAGCCAGCACAGCAGCAGCAGCAGCAGCAGCAGCAGCAGCAGCAGAGAAUCCCUGCCUCUCAAAGCUCCUGUUAAAGUGUUUGGAGACUCGCUUGCUGUCAGGAGAAGGGACCUCCUGAGAACUCUGCGUCACUAUCGCACCUACUACGGUGGCCUGGCCGAUCAGCUGUGUGUGAGCGAGCUGGUCUCCAGUGACGGGCUCUCCUGCUGGAACGGAACGGACAUCGUGAAAAGCUACACCCUCCGCGUGGUCGGCAACGGGGUCAAAGCUCAGAGCGCCAACCCCGAGGUCAAAGUGAAGGAGGCGGACCCUGUGAUCAAUCAGAUUAUUGACAAACUCAAACACGUCAAUCAGCUGUUGCAAGGAAAGUCCAUUCCGAAACUGGGCUCACUGGACCAGAUCGAAGCCGGCAGUGGAGACGCAGAGGGACGUUACAGCGGCGACUGUGAUGACGAGGACGGCUGCGGUGGUUCAGGUGGCGCUGAGGUGAAGAGGAAAGUCUCCAGAGUCUCCAAAAUGAGCCCAGAUGUGACCGGUGAUCAAAAACAUCAUCAUCAUUAUCAUCAUCAUCCACCUGUCGAGGACGCAGACGCGGAGGGCAGAUCCCGGGGUCCUGGACUGACGGGAGCCAUCUGGGUCCUGGUGUUGCCUUGUUUACAUAUGCUCCUGGCCUUGUAACAGCUGCCUUUACUGCAGCAUGAAACUUCCAAGACUUGAUUUCAAGCUUAUUUAUCCACAAAAUGAAAGGGCCAGUGCAUGUAAUGUGCUCCCGUACACACACAUACAUGCAGAGCGCAGAAGGACGUGGGAGUGAAAUCAUCAUGUGGAAACCACAGGACUCUGUAGGCUUCUGUAGCCCACACAUGCUUCAGCUUUGCAAAAUAGCAACUUAUAUUUUUCAUUCAUUCAUUCACAGCCUACGGUGUAAACGUCUGCUGCAAUUCCAAUGACUUGUAGUCACAUGUGUUGAUAUUAGGAAUCUUUUCCUUAUUACAAACCUGUCAUUUUUAGGAGGAAAAUUGAGCUUCACGUCAUUUUAACGGUGUCAAAAGUAUGUUUUUUUUGGGGCACUUUCCAACAUCCAACUCUGUGGGAGCAGGCACAGGAAUUCAAGAGUUGCUGUAGCUGCCCCGCUGCUUAGGGUCAAUUUUAAUUGGGAUAUUUCACCUGCAAAAUUGACCUGUAACGCUGCUGCUGACAGACACGGUGAAAGGAGAGUGUAGGCGCGGAGCGAGGUGGGGGGAGGAGUGCAGGUGAGAAAAUUCAUACCGCUCUCUUCUUUAGAAAUAGAUUAGUUUCCUCAGGAGUCUAUUAUCAUCUUUCAAACUCAAUUCAUCUCCGCCUUCACAUGGGCUUGGGUAGGUGCUGAUCGCUCCUGAGGAAGAAGCCGUUUGCUUCUACACUACCUGCGAACCUGCCUGCGUGCUGUGGAGAGAGAGAGAGAGAAAAGAAAAAAGAAAGAAAAGGAAAAGGAUCAUAUGAAAGUACAUCUGCUCGAUGGCUGAGACUGAGAAAAGUGCUCAGCGGCACUGAGGUUUGGUUCCGGCUCAUGUAUGCUGGAGAAAUAUUCGUUAGGAUCUUUUGAAAUUCCAAUUUUUCCAUCAUUCUUAUACAGAAGAACGAGUCUAUGCAACCGAAAUAACGAGGGGAACAUUAAAGCUGCUACUGUAAACAGCUUAAAUUAACUAAUGGCGUGUUUCCACCGGCUCGGCACGGCCCAGUAAAGUCACCUUAACACAAGCCGAACUGUAGAUCAGUUUAAAAGACUUCACAAUCCUAAAAAACAUGGGUUAAUCUCCAACAAUUACCAGGGAAAUGUCUAAAAUCUCAAUAUUUAACAGGGGAGUCUGGUGUGUUUAGUGAUUUAGCACGGUCAUGGAGGAAGUACAGAACAAAUAGUUUAAAUUAACUGAUUUUAAUGAUUUAAACACUGAAAACAACUGCUUUACAAGUCACUAGUCACUCGUUUGUGUCAGCCGUGCAGUGAUGACUCCACUCCCGAGUCGGGUCGAGUUGAGCUUGGUGGAAAAGGGGCUUAAGACAUUCCAUAGUGGCGAAACUAACCCUUUUAUUUCUGUACCUGAUCACAUAUAGUGUAAUGGCAUUAAAUAGGUAGUAAUGUAAAUGAACUAUGACCGUAUGUUGCAAUUAUGCAAUUAUUUUACAAUUUUUUUGCUCGAUCUACAAAUUGGAUUUUCAUCUUCAUCUUUUUUCAUCAGUUUUUAUUGAACAUUAUCGUGAAAAUAAUUGUCAUGAGUCACCAUCGCCAUGUAAGUGCGCCGAAAUAAAGCACAUUUGGACUCUUUGA